AACUGCUUCAAACUUCAAACUUUCCAGCCACCAACCAGCAUUACCAGUAGAGCCAGUCAGCUGUUCAUUUUCUCCCUCUCACACACAGUCUCACUCUCUUCAGUCAGCUGGCCUCUGGCUCUCAGUCACGCUCUGGCUCUGGCAAGUUGCAACAACCAACUCGCCCGACCCUAGACUCCUAGACUCAAGGGAGAACCGUGAAAAGAAGCAUGUCUCAGACCAUUCAGCAAACCAAAGCUGUCCUGCGAAAGGAAAUGAAACAGAGACUUGCUCGCCUGACAGACCAUGAGAAAAGUGUGCAGUCAUUGAUCAUCUUACGAAAGGUCUUGUCAUCAGAAGUCUAUGCACAGAGUAAACGUAUAUCGAUUUAUCUUCCAAUGAAAGAAGAGGUCUGCACUUUGAAUAUUUUGAAGUCCAUGUUCAGAGAUGGUAAAGAAUGUUUCAUCCCUAAUUACAAAGGAGCAGAAAUGAUAAUGGUACCGUUGAAAUCAUGGGAUGCCUAUGAGAGAUUGCCAGUAACGAAAUGGGGAAUCAAGCAGUCUGAAGAAUUUGAUGCAUCGCAGGAUGCAAAUAUGUCAGGUGGGCUGGAUUUGAUUUUCAUGCCUGGCUUAGCAUUCACAACACAAGGAGCUCGUCUUGGCCGAGGGAAAGGGUACUACGACCAAUACCUCAACAAGUGUGAUCAAUCAGGGUGUCUUCCAAAAACUGUGGCGUUGUUGUUUCAUGAGCAGCUUACAGAGAAUGUUCCAGUUCUUGAACAUGACAAACUUGUUGAUUCUUUGAUUUUCCCUACCCAAGAGGAGAUAGAAUUAGAAAGAUGAUGGGACAGGAUAGCCUACUUAGCUUUUGAGUUCUUGAGUGAGGGGAGGGGGAUUGUUAAAAUGUAUGAAUUGGAAUUCGGAAACAGAAACUGAUGUUUUGCUGGCCAGCUUGGCAAAGUGGUUGUAUGUGUGUGUGUUUUUCGUCGUUGGUUGUUUUUUUUCCAGAUUGUACCAGCUACUCCAGAGUUUAAAUAAUGUUUUUGCAAUGAGUCUCACUUGUUUCCUUUUUCAGCCUGUUGUGACCAGUGGUACGGUUUUCUUUGGUGCCAUUAUUCUGCGCAAAUAUUGAUUUAAAUACAUUCUAAGAAUAUUGUUUUAUUCUGAAUACUGUCAUGUAUAAUUUCUUCGUUGCUGCAUUGUCAGAACAAGGAAAGUAAACAUACCAGCAGUGUACCAGUUAAUAAUUUUUACUAUGUUAAUUUAUGUUGACAAUACCAGUUCUUUCUGCAAUAUACUUACGUGCUUUUAAUGCAAUUAUGGGUUGCAUGUUGAUACUUCUUGCUGUCAAGCAAGAGAUGUACAGAGCCAUAGGUCCUUAAAGGAAUUUUUAAAAAGAAUUGAAUGGUGUAUUAUUUUUUUGGAAAAUCUUGUCUCUGAGUACAGAAAUCCAUUUUCAUAUCUGACAAUAGGCCUACAUAUUUUCUGCCAUCUGGUAUUGCUCCUUAUGGACUUGCUGAUAC